GAACCGACGUUUCCACUUUCUUCUCGUCCAGCAUGGCCGCGCUGUAUGAGGGAUACACGUUGUGCGGACUCGUUCCAGCUCAAACUCUGCCCAAUUCAGGCAUUCAGGGGGUCGAAACAGAGAGAGACAGCGACCAUGUCAUCGUCACCGACUCAACGAGAUCUGUUACGUUAUACAAGGUUUCAGACCAGAAGCCGCUGAGCAGCUGGACGGUGAAACAGGGACAGACCCUGACCUGUUCAGCAGUCUACAGCUCACAGAGCAAGGAGUUUGUGGCAGUCUCGGACAGCAAGGUGAUCAGAAUUUGGAAGGAAGAAGACAUACUCUUAGAUAAGGCCUUCAAAGCAACUGUGUCAGCAGAUGUCUGGAGGGUCCACUGUGUACCAGAAGGGGAGCCUGUGGUCUUAUUCCAGAGAGGAGCUGUGAGACUCCUGGACUCUCUACUUUCUGCUCCCCAACAGCCCAUAGAGGAAGUCCUGGCUCAAGAAGAGGCCAUUAGGUGGAGCACCAACAUACUGGCAGAGUCGAAGCAGUUUGUCAUCUUCACAACUGAACAGAAAGGAGAUCAUUUCCUCUACCUGCAGAGACUGAAUCCAAACACCCUACAGAGGUACCGACUGGAGAGAGAGGAGCCUGGUCUUUCCCCGCUCAGCUUCUCUGCCUCCUACAGGGAUAACCACAUCCGCCUGCUUUACCUCUACCCUAACGGUCAUGUGUACCAGAGUGUAGUCUCUAUGCGGGGCCUGGGAGCUGAUGAAGGGGCCCAGGCUCUUCCGCUGCCUCGUAACCUGCUGCUGGGUCUUCCAGUCGGUGAGGGCCUGCUGGAGGCAGCAUCAGCCCUGGUCCUGGAUGAAGCCCAUGUAGCUGUUGUGGGGGUUCCACACCCCUCUGCCGGAGCGGGUAAAGACUUCCUUUGCAUCUGGAAUACCAAUUUCCAGACGCUUCAGGCAGGAAAAGAGAUGGCGGGUAAAAUCUAUGGACAGCUAUGGGGUUAUUCCAACAAGUUAUUCAUUCCACAUGGGAAAACCCUGUCUGUUAUUCCAUACGAGUGCCCCAAAUCUUCCCUGGCCGCUGCCCUGGGAAAACUAAAGCAGGCCAAAACUGAAGAGGCCAAAGCUCCAGCUUCUGUACCAUCUUGGAAUAAUAUUCUGCAUGGAGAGAAAGCUCAGCCCUCUAGGACAGUGGAAACCCGGAAGACGAGAACAACCCGUAAGACCCAAGCAGCAACUAGUUUAACAAUUGACCAAGUUCUGGAGGUCACUAAGAUGGCCCCAGUAGAAGAGGUCCAGAAAGAGGUGGAGGGGCUCCUCUCCAGGGCAGACAUCCAGGACCUGCAGGCCUCAUUGGGGCAGCUAGCAUCGACCCUUGUGUCCCGGAGCCUGGCCGAUCCAGCAUUCUACACCCCGAGCACCCUGGCACAGCUAGUGCACACUCAGUCCCUCUGCCACAGUGUGUGUCCUGACCUUGUGCUCCUGGCCCUGGAGAAGAAGGAUUACUUUCUCUGUCAGCUCUGCUUGCAGUUCUUCCCUGACAUCCCAGAAGCUGUAACCUGUGCCUGCCUUAAGGCCUUCAUCAGUAUGCCAGACGCAGAUGCAGAGAAAAUGAGCCUGGAGCCUGAGAGUGUCUCCUUCAUGGAAACCCUAAUUGUGAGGGAGCAUGGGCAGGUUGGCUUGCAGAAUGGUUUCAGCCCCACCUCCUUUGACGGGGAUCGGUCAGAUGCCCUCAGUGGAGGUGGUGCCGUCCUCAAGACCCGAGAAGAAGACAAGGAGAAGACCUCGACACCACCAGAACAGAUCUGUCCAGUGGGACUAUACAAGGCUGUUUUACUAAAUGAGGUCCUGAGGACGCCGUACAGCGACACUUUCCUCCUCCCACACCUAAAAGAUUUGUCCUCCCAACAAGUUGUUCUUUUCCUCCAGUACCUGCAGUUCCUUUACCUAAAAUACUCCCAAGAUGCUUCCACACAGAUGCAUGGAUUGAGAUCACCAAGUCUGACUCAGAUCAUGGAUUGGGUAUGCUUGCUGCUGGAUGCCCAUUUCACAGUGCUAGUGAUGACUCCAGAGGCCAAAGGCUUACUGCUAAACCUCCACUGCUUUGUUAAGUCUCAGGUGAGACUUGUUUCUGAGCUCGGGAAGAUUGAGGGCAGCCUCCAAGAACUCAAUAAGAUGAAGGUGAAGAAGGACGUCGGACAAUACUCCAUUGAAGUCAUUGAGCUGUUUUAGAACGUGUACAAUGUGUAUACUUUUAAUAAAUCAUUGAGCAUAUUGUCUCCUUCCAACGUUUCACCUUUAGUAGUUUCCAGGGUUGUAUUCUUGUUCCAAAUGGUGUUAUUAAGUGCUUUUAGGCACAGAUUCUAGCCAUCUGAACUCGAGAUGCAGGAGUUUUACUGUAUAAGAAAAUAAUUCUUGUAAUUUAGGCAUUGAAUAAGUUGCAGAUGCCUUUGAACCAUGUUUUAAACUUGUUACAGCUGAUGAAAUGUUGACCAGAUAAUAUGGUGUACAUGAUGAAUUAAGUCUGUUCAUAUUGCAAUGAAUUAAUAAUGGGUUUGCAUGCAAAAACGGCUGAUACCACGGUAUGGCAAAGGUUUGUAACAUUUAUAAUGGGACUUUGAACACUUGUGAGAGUGACUGGCUGUUUUUUUUUUUUUUCUGUGUCCUAACACAACUGAGUAUUUGUGAAUCUGUCAGCUGUGACUUUGUACUGGGUUUUCUACAGGAAAGCCUUUUAUUUUGAAUACAAAUAUAUAACAACGAGAACAUUUUUAAUCCA